CCCAUUCAAAGUCCUUUUUCUUGAGACGUACGGGAUCAUGGCCGGGGCAAUUGGCCCCUAAUGGUCACCGUUUGUUGGGCAGUUUCAUCAAUGUCUGACGGUUUCUUCGUAUCCCCCUCUCUCUUCGUCUCUUUGACCAUAUGUUCGAUGUCCGGCCCGGGUCCAAGGAAACCCUUGGGUUCGUCGUGGUGUCUUCUCACCAAGGCCGGGCAUUCCUCUGCGGCCUUCCACCUUCUAACAAGAAGUGGAAGGACAAGUAUGUUUGUAUCAAAUUCCUCCUGGCUGCCUUUCCCUUUGCUCAAAAUGAAGCCACCCUCUGGGCCGGGGACGCCUCCACCCGCGGUUUGUACCACGUCGGGAAGUGGAGCGUCUACCCCGGCCGGGAGACUGACCCCGAACCGGAGAUUGCUCUACCUGGGGCGAUCCCCGAAGCCAUCCCCAUCCGCCAGGCGGGGGGACCCAAAGCCCCAGCCGCCGCCACUGCCGGUCCUUCACGCCCGGCGAGGAAGAAGAAGGAGAAAGUGGUGAAGUUCCAGUCCAAGUUUUCCAUUCCACAGAUAGUGGUUGAGGAGCCCUCCACUGCUCAGUCACUCAAUGCCUCCUCCAGUCAGCCGUUCUUGCUGGACGAGCAACCGGCCCAGUCCCAUCAGGGGACCAACCAGCCCAUUCACUCGGGGGAGAUCUACUUCAACGUCGGCCGGAUCGGGGAGGAGUACUUCGCCCGGCUGGUGAAGUCAAUGGAUGAGGAGAAGGCCCGGAUGGAGGCCAUGAUGGUCGAAUGCCGGAAGGAAGCCCAGGCUGCCCGGGCCAAGGCAGAUAAGAUCGAGGCCAAAUGGACAGAGCACUGGGUGAUUUACCGCCAGCUCUACGCCAAACACGAUGGAUUGCUAAAGGCUGCUAAAGAGGCCGACGAGCAGGCGCAGGCCAAGAUCCAACAGCUGGAGGCCGAGAAUGCCCGGUCAGCCGAGAAAAUCGCUCGGCUGGAAGAUGAGCUGCAGAGAGAGCAGUCGGAGCGCUCCGCCGUUGCUGCUGCCUGGGCCGCCCAAGCGCCUGAGGAGUUUGCUGCUAAGGCGCUGCCUGACCGAGAGACGGCCAUCCGCUUCUUCCAAGGCCUGUACAAGCAUCCAGUAUCGGCCGGCAUCGUGGACGCGAUUGGGACCUACGGGUUUGAAAGCGGCCAGUACUCUGAGCGGAAGGCCCUCUAUGGCAUCCUUGAGCAGAGGAUCCAAGGCUUUCAACCCAAGGCCCUUUCACUGCCCGAGCUGCAUGACGAGGCGCCGGUCCCCCCAUUCCCGGGCAUCUGAUCCAUCUGGCCGGGCUUCUCUUUCCUCCUUUUUUUUUAUGAAAGUUGAGAAAGUUAUGUGUAUAUCUGUUGAUAAUGCAUCCGCUAAUAAAGUGGCUAUUGAAUG